UCAUCGCAUUCUCGCUACGACCGUCAUACAGAAAACUCGCAGUCGAAACACCGAGCAGUAAGUUCGUCCGUUAUGAUAAACCCGCAAGUGUGCGACGCGUCGAACAAUUAUUCGGACAAAUAAUUAUUUUAAAAGUGCGUUGUUGUGAUGUGAUUGACACGGUGCCCCCCUUCCGAUGUCCUGGACUAUCACGAAAACAACAAUGGCGGACGGGGAGACCCCCGAACGCGAACUCGAACAGCAAAUAAUGCAAAUCAAAAAGCAGCAUCAGCUACAGCACCAGAUCCUGUUGCAGCAUUUUCAUCAGCAGCAACAGCAUCUGGUGGAGCAGCACGAGGCGCAGCUGAGGCAGCAUUUGAAAGAGUUCUGGGAUAGACAGAAGCAGUUGCAGGAGAUCAGGCAACGGGAGCAAUUGGAGGCGCUCAGGAAAAAGGAGAAACACGAGGAGAGCGCGGUUGCUUCUACUGAGGUGAAGCAGAAGCUGCAGGAUUUUUUGAGACAGAGGAGGUCGGGAAAUUCGAAGAUUGCCCGACCUGAAAAUUCAUGUUGGGCCGAGGGCAUGGAUACCGGGUCCGACAGUUCGACAACGAAUAACGAUUUCCCAUUAAGAAAAACAGCCUCUGAGCCUAACCUCCUUAAAGUCCGCUUAAAACAGCGGGUGAUGGAACGAAGAUGUAGUCCGAUGAGCAAAAGACUCCCUCCAACCCUCAAGAAGAAACUGUUAAUAUCCUGUUUGCCACCCAGUGAGUCCCCGCCACAAGAACCACCAAAGGAACUGAGUCCUCCCUGCGAGGCCGAAGAAUAUCAGCGUCUACCUCUCUUCAGCAGCCCAUCGAUGCCGAACAUCUCUCUGGCCGCCCACCACGUGCUCAGUCCCGACCUCUCGGAGGCGGCGGUACGGGCGGCGUGUACCGCCCGCCUCGGGAUGCCCCUCACGGGUCAGAUGCUGCCCGGUACGCUGCCCUUUUACCCUUCUCUGCCCGCGAUUGAUAGCGAGCAUGAGGAAACACCUCUGGACACUAUUAGUGAGCUACAGGAACCUCAAGUGCGAGGUGUAAUUAGACCGUUAGGCAGGACCCAAUCGUCGCCGUUACCCCUCGGACAUCCCCUGUUAAGGGGCCCGUUGCCGCCUGAACCGGAGCCGCCCCAACCGCCCCCCGAAGAACAGGAGCAACGGGACUUGGAGCUUAGGGCGAACGAGUCCAGAAGUAUCAGGCCUCUGUCUCGCGCCCUAAGUUCGCCGGUGGUCCACCUGGGCGCUCCCGACGGCGUUCCCAUUUUGACCAGACGCCGAGCGUCGUCCACCCCCACCACCGGCCUCGCUUACGACAGUCAAAUGUUAAAGCACGCAUGCGCAUGCGGCAACAAUAUCGUGCAUCCCGAGCAUGCGGGUAGACUCCAAAGUAUAUGGUCAAGACUACUAGAAACGGGACUAGUAACAAGAUGCGACCGACUAAGGCCUCGAAAAGCCACCACCCAAGAGCUCCAAAUGUGCCAUUCCGAGACGCACGCGUUACUCUACGGAACCAGCUCACUCAACAGGCACAAAGUGGACAUGUCCAAACUGACCGCGUUGCCCGUAAACGCCUUCGUCCGACUUAACUGCGGAGGCAUCGGCGUGGACACCGACACCACCUGGAACGAACACUACACGGCACCGGCAGCUCGCAUGGCCGUCGGCUGUACCGUCGACCUGGCGGUACGCACCUGGACCGGUGACAUCCGAAACGGGUUCGCGAUAGUCCGGCCGCCGGGUCACCACGCGGAACCCUCCCAAGCCAUGGGAUUCUGUUUCUUUAAUUCCAUCGCGAUAGCGGCAAGGAUAUUGCAAAAGGACCAUCGGGUCAAUAAGAUCUUGAUCUUCGACUGGGACGUGCAUCACGGCAACGGCACCCAGGAGAUUUUUUACGAUGAUCCUCGCGUGUUGGUUAUUUCGAUGCAUCGGCACGAUGACGGGAAUUUCUUUCCGGGCACGGGGGGUCCGAACGAGUGCGGCACCGGAGCCGGUUUGGGGUAUAACGUGAAUAUAGCUUGGUCCGGAGGCUUAAAUCCCCCGCUGGGAGAUGCCGAGUAUCUGGCCGCAUUUAGGAGCGUGGUGUUUCCGAUCGCGAAAGAGUUCGAUCCCGAUGUGAUUCUCGUAUCGGCCGGUUUCGAUUCCACAGAUGGACAUCUGCCUCCGCUGGGGGGUUACAGGGUAUCUCCGGCGUGUUUCGGUUACAUGACGCGCCAUCUCAUGUCUCUUGCUCACGGUAGAGUGAUAAUGGCCUUGGAAGGAGGGUAUGACCUGCCCUCAAUCUGCGACAGUGCGGAGGAAUGCGUUAGGGUCCUUUUAGGGGAUAACCCUACGCCCCUGUCACCGAUUGAAAUGGCUCGUGCGCCCUGCGCAAACGCUGUGAUCGCUCUACAAAAGGUUUUUGCCGCACACGCCUCCCACUGGCCGUGUUUGCGUGAGGCGAGCAAAACCGCAAUGUGCUCAAUGACGGACGCCGCUCGGACGGAGAAGGAAGACAAAGAAACGAUCACCGCGAUGGCGAGUUUGAGUAUGCAACAUCAGACGAUCGUGACGCCCAUGGUCACUUCGCCCAUCGCUAACUCGCCAACGGGGUUUCGGAUAGCCGGUAGCCCUCAUCAGGAACCCGCUUGAGAGACGCGAGAUGACGUUUUGUUUUUUUGAUGACCUCUUCAGGAUGUUUUGUAUUGUUGUUGUUGUUGAUGUUGUUGUUGCCUUGUCGUUGGAAAGAGAGUGUGUGGGGAGGGUUGUUUUUAGGUUAUGGAACGCUCGGUGCCUCAGAGGCUAAAAAUGACUUUCCCCACGUUGAUGUGGUGAAUUAUUAAAGAAAAAAUGGUUUGAGUUUGGAGGCAUGUGAUUUUUCCCGUCUUAACACAUUCCUUGCCGGCGGCUCUUCAGUGGUGGCCGGCAAAUUUUUAAAAUGAAGAAAUUAACUAUUUUAGGAACAAAAAUAUAUAAGGUGUGUUUAUUUUUGUUAAUAUAUUGAGAGAAGUUUUUAAUGAGAAAAUCGAUGGAACGUUUAUUUACUUUUAAUAGUUGUUAUUUUUAUUUAUUAUAUAGAUAUGUUUAUAUUUAAACGGUAAAUAUAGCGGUAUAUUUACACAAGAUUAUAUGAAUGUUUCAAAAAAAAAAAUCGGACGAUUCGUGAUAAUAAAAUAAAAGUUGUUUUAAAGUAUA